AAUAAAGAAUAGUUUUAUUAUUUAUAAUCUUGCAAAAAUGAUGGGGCCCGAAAAAACUGAGAAAAUGUGGGCCCCAGUGUAUGGCAAUCUUUACACCCCCCUACGGACCGGCAUUGCAUAUUAUUAACUUUUAUUUUUUCAUUAUUUGGAAUAGUAGUAAAAAAGUUAGUGUACGAUAGUAAAUAUUUUUGCUUUUGCCCUUUGGCUCACAAAAUAGAAAAAUUGAGAUAUGGCUGAAGAAGGUACAAGUUGUGCAUCAUGCAUUGAUGAAAUUCAAGUCAGCAGUCAAUCCAGUUCUCAAAGCGAAGAAUCUAAAGAUGAAGAGGAACAGAUGGAUGUUAACAAGCAUGAUGGGCAGCAGACAAAGGAAAAAAUCAAAUCAACAUACGUCCCACUCGAGUUCUUCAAACAUAUAGGGCCAAGUAAAACUGGGAAAUCUGGACUCUUGUUUGAAUGCCGCAUGAAAAACUGCCCACGUCAACGCACCUCCCGAGCCUUAUGGCCAAUCUUCAUGACAAAAAAUUCUCUUUCAAAUCUUCGUAGACACAUUUGA